AUGAACUCCUCAUUCUCUUCCUACUUUUCUGACGACGAAGAGGAACAGAGCCUUGAUUUAUUCCAUUCUCAAAGACGGAAACGUCAACAAUUAAUGCACCAUUCAGCGGCAAUGCGUCUUUGUAGGCGUGGAAAGCAGCAAAUAGCUAGCGGUUGUUUGGUAAAUCGGGAUCGAGUCUUGACAACAAAUUAUGAGGGGGAUGAGAGGACUAACAAGCAUUCAAGCAUAGAUGACGAAUAUUCUGACCAAGAUUUGGAAGAUUUUAAGCAACAAAAAUUAAACGAUGAUAAUGAUGAUACUGAAAUACAUUCAUUUGAAAAUGAAAGAUAUCGUCAUCCUCAUCUACCGCAAAUGAGAUUUCACUAUUCAAUGCCUGCAAUCGUUAACUCCUUACAUGAUUCAGUACCGGAUAGGGUAAAAUUUCGUCGAUCUGACACUGAAGAUUUUUUGAUUGAACGGAAAGCUGGUGCCUCGAGUGAAUGUAAAUACUUUUUAUUUUCUUUAAAAUCCUAACUAAUUCCCCUCCUUUAAAAAACUCAUUAAAUAAAUUUAUUUCACAUCCAGGCACAUUAUAGAGGAUUUUACGAGUAUUUAUUUUCCCCCAUCUGCUAUC